AUCCAACACAUGGGAUUUCAGAUCAUUCAGAUGAUGGAAUCUUGCUUAAGUCUGUAUUUUAACAUAUUGCGCUUUCGAUCUCAUUUCAUAACGCAUCAAAACGCACUAUACUAUUUGCUGUAUUAUGGAUUCAGAGUAUAGCUGUAAUAUCUGUCAUGUUGCUUAUUUCUGUGAAGCCACAUUUCUUUCAUUUUACUACCGGUAUGCACGGUAAAAAGGGCAAACUUGGGGGGCUGUCUUUGCGCGCGGUGCGCCGCCCAACCGGAGAUGCGCGAGCGGACACUGGCUCAUUCGCUCUGGUGCGGACACCGGAGUCAGCGAGGCAUGUGUUUGGACACCGGCGUUUAGAUUAAACAGAAAAGACACUUACAGAAACGAAACACCUGAGCGUUUUCCUUUCCCACCGGCUGUUAUUUGCCAACGUCAGUUUCUCGCGCCAUCGAUUGUUUGAAUUGCCACCUCACGCAGGAUUGCAGCUCCCUGCUCUUCGUAAACAUUCGUGAAUGGAAAGCAACUGCAGAACAGAUAUACAUCUUGUCAAACGUUUCUCGAAUCCUCUGCAGUUUUGUGAUUGAUUAGCUGGAUCCUCUUGCAUCCUCUGAGGGAAGAUGGAGACCUUCUUCGCAGAGGGUUCUCGAGUGUGGGUGAAGCAUAAAGAUCAGCUGGUUCCGUCUACAGUGAACUCCUGUGGAGAUGGAACCGUGGUGCUCACCACCGACUACGGGGAGGUGGUGUACUUGCAGCAGGCAGAGGUGAACAGGGAGAAGGUGUCCCCUAUGCACCAGAGCAGCAUUGAUGGAGUGGAGGACAUGUCCACGUUGGCAGAGCUUCAUGAGGCCGCCAUCAUGCACAACCUUCAUCAGCGAUACCAGAAAGACAACAUCUAUACUAACAUAGGUUCUAUCCUGGCGGCUGUGAAUCCUUAUAAGCAGAUCGGAGGGCUGUACGAUCUCUCCGCAGUGGAGCUGUACAGUCAGCAUCAUUUGGGCGAGCUGCCGCCACAUAUCUUUGCUAUUGCCAAUGAGUGUUACCGCUGCUUAUGGAAGAGACAUGAUAGCCAGUGUGUGCUGAUUAGUGGUGAAAGUGGAGCUGGGAAAACAGAAAGCACCAAACUACUGCUGCAGUUCCUGUCUGUCAUGAGCCAAAACUCUGCCGGGACACCGCCUACAGAGAAGAGCACGCGCGUGGAGCAAGCCAUUGUACAGAGCAGCCCCAUCAUGGAAGCAUUUGGAAAUGCCAAAACAGUCUACAACAACAACUCUAGUCGUUUUGGAAAAUUCAUUCAGCUUCAUUUCUCUCAAAGUGGGAACAUCCAGGGAGGAUGCAUCGUCGACUAUUUGCUUGAAAAGAAUCGAGUGGUAAGGCAGAAUCCAGGGGAGAGAAACUAUCACAUCUUUUAUGCUUUGCUGGCCGGGGCCAGCAAAAGCCAAAAGGAAACAUAUUUUCUAGAAGACUCCCCUGAGUUAUUUUACUACCUGAGUCAGACGGGAUGUGUGAAGGACCGCAGUCUCGAUGACAAGCGGAAUUUUGACGACGUCAUGGAGGCUCUGAAGGUCAUGGAGUUCACAGAGGAAGAGAUCAGAGAUAUGUUUAAACUGCUGUCUGGAGUUCUGCAACUCGGCAAUGUGGAGUUCAUGACAGCAGGGGGCGCGCAGAUCACCACCAAACAGGUCGUAACUAAUGUGAGCGAGCUCCUGGGCCUGGACUGUUUUCAGUUGUCUGAAGUUCUGACACAGCGUUCCAUGAUCCUCAGAGGAGAAGAGAUCUGCUCUCCACUCACAGUGGAACAGGCGAUAGAUUCCCGGGAUUCAGUUGCCAUGGCGCUUUAUUCUCAGUGCUUCUCGUGGAUCAUCAUGCGAAUUAAUCAGAAGAUAAAGGGCAAAGAUAAUUUCAAGUCUAUUGGAAUCCUGGAUAUCUUUGGUUUUGAGAACUUUGAGGUGAACCGUUUUGAGCAGUUCAACAUUAAUUAUGCUAAUGAGAAACUGCAAGAAUAUUUCAACAAACAUAUUUUCUCUCUGGAGCAACUGGAAUACAACAGGGAAGGGAUUCACUGGGAAGCCAUUGAUUGGAUGGACAAUGCAGAAUGCCUGGAUCUGAUUGAGAAGAAACUGGGCAUGUUAGCUCUGAUUAAUGAGGAGAGCCGAUUUCCAAAAGGCACUGACUUCACACUGCUGGAGAAACUGCAUGGCAGACACUCUACUAAUCCCUACUAUGUGAAACCCAGACUGGCAGACCAUCAGUUUGGAAUAAAGCACUAUGCAGGAGAGGUCUUAUAUGAUGGAAGGGGGAUUUUAGAGAAGAACAGAGACACAUUUAGAGAUGAUAUACUGAACAUGCUGAAGGAUAGUAGAUUGGAUUUCAUCUAUGACCUUUUUGAGCAAGUAAGCAGCAGAAACAAUGAGGAGACCUUGAAGAUGGGCACGGCCAGAAAAAAGCCCACUGUCAGCUCUCAGUUCAGAGACUCUCUUCAUUCUCUAAUGGCCACUCUCAGUGUAUCCAACCCUUUCUUUGUGCGCUGCAUCAAACCUAACAUGGACAAGAACCCAAACAAGUUUGACCCAGAUGUGGUUCUGAAUCAGUUGCGGUACUCUGGCAUGUUGGAGACAGUGAAGAUCCGCAGAGCCGGAUUCCCUGUCAGACGCACCUUUAAAGACUUCUUCAGCAGAUAUAAGAUCAUUCUCAAAGAGAAGGAAAAGACAGCUGUGGCUUCCAAUGGAGAUGAGAAAAAGAAGAGCACAGAUUUGCUGACACUCUAUGACAGGACCAAAAAGGAGUGGCAGUUUGGAAAGACCAAGGUGUUCCUAAAGGAAUCUUUGGAACAGAAGCUGGAGAAGCAGAGAGAUGAAGUUCGAAGCAAAGCCGGUCUGAUCAUACGAGCCUAUCUUCUGAGAUAUAUAGCAAGAAAGAACUUUAAGAAGGCUCUGGAAAGCAUUGUGACAAUCCAGAAGAACUACCGCGCUCAUCUCUAUCGACGGCGGUUUCAGCGUAAACGUGCAGCUGCGCUGGUUCUCCAGAAACACAGGCGAGGGCAAGUGGCAAGAGGAGUCUGCCGCAAACUACGAGAGGAGAAGAGGAAGAGAGAGGAGGAGGAAAAGAAAAAGAAAGAAGAAGAGGAGAAGAAAACAGAGGGAGAUCAUGAAAAGGAAGGAGAGGAAGGGGCAGCAGAGCCUCCACCCACUGCUGAGGAAGAGACCCGUCAGAUGGAGGAAAUUCUGCGCUUGGAGCGAGAGAUUGAGCGUCUGCAGAAGAAAAGAGAAGACGGUGUGUCUAUGCUACGUGAGAGCUCGAGACAAGAACUCAGAUUGCGGCGUGAUGCCGAGAUCCUGCGUCAGAAAAAGAAGGCUUCCCGUGUUGCCACUGAAUUCCUCGAACUACUCGACACCGGAGGUCCAGAAGUCAUCCCUGGUGAUCCUAAACAACCUGCCUCCAGACCGGCAGCUGCCACUGAGGAAGAGGUAGACGAAGGCUUCCACGCAGAGGAAGAGUGCAUACCACUUCCCGAGUUCCCUCCUCCAGCAGAAGGUCCAGUGGAUCAGGAGAUCUUAGCCACUCUGCCACCUCCUCCUCCCGCUUUCGCCGAGGGCACGGUGGCCCCAUCUGCACCCAAUGUUCCACCUGGGGCUCCGCCCCCACCUCCUCCCCCUCCUCCUCCUCCACCUCCUCCCCCUCUCCCUGGUGAAACCAAAAAGGAAGAUGAAACUGAGGAGGCUAAAACAGUUAAAGAGGUGGAUGGGAAAAAGGAGGGAGAGGACGCAGACCGCACCAGCAGGCUGACAGCAGCGGAGUCUCUGCCGGACACAGAGGAACCUAUCUACAGCGUGCCCGGGGAUGGCGAGUCGGACUACGACCAAGACGAUCUGGAAGAUGGACACAGCAGCACUGCGGCAACAGACACAGAACAUGCACGCAAGUCCACCUGCACCAACGCAAGCCAGGAGUCCUACAACCGCAGCUCAGACUCAUAUGCUGAUAGCGAUGACGAGCAUGAUGGGUACGUGGACACAGAUGAAGAGGUAUCCAACGGUAAAGUCAACAUCUUGAAUGGGAACGGACCUCCGUACUUCCACAGUUACCUUUACAUGAAGGCUGGGUUGAUGAUCCCGUGGCGCAGGCGUUGGUGUGUUUUGAAGGACGACACCUUCAUGUGGUUUCGCUCUAAACAGGAGUCGUUAAAGUCAGGCUGGCUGUACAAGAAGGGAGGCGGACUUUCCACACUCUCUCGCAGGAACUGGAAGAUGCGCUGGUUCGUUCUGCGUGACUCCAAGCUCAUGUACUUUGAGAAUGACAGCGAGGAGAAGCUGAAAGGGACAAUUGACAUUCGUUCAGCCAAGGAGAUUGUGGAUAACCAUGAGAAAGAGAAUGCUCUGAAUAUUGUGACAGAUGAAAGAACAUACCAGGUGUUUGCCGAGUCACCAGAGGAUGCCAGUGGUUGGUUUACCGUGUUGAGUCGGGUCCACAUUGCCACACCAGAGCAGUUACUGGAGAUGUCACAUGAGCAGGCCAACCCAAAGAACGCUGUGGGCACACUGGAUGUUGGAUUGAUUGAUUCAGUUUGUGCUUCAGACAAUCCUGACAGGCCUAAUUCAUUUGUGAUCAUCACAGCCAAUCGUGUGAUCCACUGUAACUCAGACCUGCCGGAGGAAAUGCAUCACUGGAUUAGUCUGCUGCAGAAACCUAAAGGAGACUCCAAGAGUGAUGGACAGGAGUUCCUGGUUAGAGGAUGGCUCCACAAGGAGAUGAAGGCGGGUGCCAAAAGUUCUGCUCUCAAACUGAAAAAGCGCUGGUUUGUCUUGACUAACAACUCGCUGGACUACUACAAGUCUUCUGAACGUAAUGCAUCGAAGAUGGGCACUCUUGUUCUGAACAGCCUGUGCUCUGUGGUCCAGCCUGAGGAGAAAAAGUUUAAAGAGACAGGUUAUUGGAACAUCAUAGUUCAUGGGCGUAAACAUUCAUACCGCCUGUACACCAAAAUGCUGAACGAGGCCAUGCGCUGGGUGUCUGCCAUUCAGGGCGUCAUUGACAACAAGGUGCCCAUUGAAACGCCCACCCAGCAACUCAUUAGAGACAUCAAGGAGAACAGUGUUAACUCUGAGGCUGUGGAACAAAUGUAUCGAAGGAACCCAAUUCUGAGAUAUACCCAGCACCCCUUGCAUUCACCUCUUCUGCCACUGCCCUACGGAGAGGUCAGCGAAAGCUUGCAAAAGGAGAAGGGUUAUGGCAGCCUGCAGGAUGAGGCAGUGAAGAUCUUUAACUCACUUCAGGAGAUGGAGAUCGUUUCAGACCCGGUUGCCAUCAUUCAGGGCAUCCUGCAGACCUGCCACGAUCUGCGUCCACUGAGAGACGAGGUGUACUGUCAGCUGAUCAAACAGACCAAUCACGUGCCCCAACCCAACAGCCCCGCAAACCGCGCACACUGGCACCUGCUCACCUGCAUGAGCUGUACCUUCCUGCCCAGUCGAGCCAUUCUGCGUUACCUCCGAUUCCACUUGAAGAGGGUUAGAGAGCGCUACCCUGGCACUGAGAUUGAGAAGUAUGCACACUUCAUUGGUGAGUCCCUGAAGAAGACAAAGACCAGGGAGUAUGUGCCCUCUCAGGAGGAGAUCGCCGCCCUGCUGAACAGACAGGAAAUGACGACUACUGUGUACUGCCAUGGAGGAGGGUCUUGCAAGAUAUCCAUCAACUCACACACCACAGCUGGAGAGGUGGUGGAGAAGCUGAUUCGUGGUCUGGCGAUGGAAAACAGUAGGAACAUGUUCUCUUUGUUUGAACACAAUAAGGUGGAGAGCCGGGCCAUUGAAAGCCGUGUAAUUGUGGCAGAUGUGCUCGCGAAGUUUGAGAGGUUGGCAGGUGGUGAGGAUGAGGAGGAAGAAGGGCCCUGGAGGUUAUAUUUCAAGCUUUAUUGCUUUCUUGAUGUGGAAAGCAUGCCCAAAGAGGGAGUGGAAUUUGCCUUCAUGUUUGAGCAGGCUCAUGAGAGUCUCAUCAGUGGUCAUUUCCCAGCCCCUGAGGAAACCCUUCAGCACUUAGCAGCCCUGCGACUGCAGUACAUCCACGGUGAUGUGGCCCGUACGCCCUGGAGCCUGAGCAGUGUGUACCCCGUUGGACGACUCCGUACACGCAUCUUCCAGUCCACUAAAGCAGGGGUUGCCGGAGUACCCGGGGCUGGUAUAGUAGGGCCGGGAAGUCACACUUUGGAACGCCGGAAGACCAACUUCCUGGACGGGACGCUGAGACGCAGCUUCAAGACGGGAUCGCUGAAGAAACAGCGUGUGGAGGAGGAACAGAUGCUGGAGAUGUUUGUAAAGGAGGAGAUGUCAGCCACGCUGACCAGCGUGUUGGAGAAAUGGAGCCGUCUACAGGGCAUGCCUCAGCACCAGGCCAUGCUCAGUUACAUGACCGUCAUCAAAGAGUGGCCGGGAUAUGGGUCUACACUGUUUGAUGUGGAGUGUAAGGAGGGUGGCUUCCCUCAUGAUCUGUGGCUGAGCGUCAGUGCUGAAAAUGUCUCUGUGUAUAAACGGGGUGAGCCCAAACCACUCGAAACUUUCCAGUAUGAGCACAUUGUUUUCUUCGGAGCACCUCAGCCCAGCACGUACAAAAUCAUUGUUGAUGAAAGGGAGAUGUUCUUCGAGACGUCUCAGGUGGGUGAAAUCACUAAGAUCAUGAAGGCGUACAUCAACAUGAUCGUCAAAAAGCGCUGCAGUAUCAUGUCCAUCACCAGCAACAGCAGCACCUGGAUGAGGUGAUCGACACCAACCGGAGCUCAAAAGUGUCCUGCAAGUGAGGUAUACUACUGACUGUUGAUGAUUGGAGAAAGAGAAAGAGAGCAGAGAAGAAACUGAGACUUCACCUCGCCAACUUUUUUAACCUACUACUACAAUCCUCUGUCUGACCUGUCCUAAACACAACAGCACACAUAUUUAUUUGGACCAAUUUCACCUUAUGAAGCACAACAAAGCCUGGUAACCUGCUCACUGUUCCCAUCCCUCACUGCCAGCACUCUGACUUAUGACCAAACUUAUUUAUUUCCUUGUCUCCUCUUCUCCAUUUUGUUCCCUUCUCUCUAUCCUCAGUUUUUAGUCAGUGAUGUUGUACCUAUCCGCCAUCCACCUACAACUCCAUUUACUGGUAGAUUUACUGAGGUGUGUAUAUUGUGCUUCUGUGUGAGAUCAAAGUUAGCACACACACACAAACAUACAUUUUGUAAAGCCAUGACUGCUGGAGGCCAUUCAGAGAGCAACAAGGAGGAGAAAGCUAUGUGUUAACAUUCUCAUUCAUCUCAAUGGCAGCUGCUAGGCUGGCGCAGGACCCCCCAGAAGUACGCGAUUUGAAUUUUGCCAUCUUUGCUCAUGGCUGCUCAGUUUCACAUACAUGUUUUUUUGAGCCAAUCACCUGAGCCAUAAAUACCAUGUGACUUACCACUCUCUGGAGCUGCAGGGAAAUGACAUCAUGGCAGCACUGAUUGGCUGAUGGUGCCACAAGGAACAUGCACAGUCGUUUCAAAAAUAUUAGUCACCGAUAAAACAUCUACUAUAAUAUAAUGAAACGUGUGCGAUUUAUAUGUUGCUUCCAAAAAUGUGUAGUAGUUACGACCAGCAGGGACCACCUGGAGUCAGUCAGCCAAUCAGAUCGCAGAAUAUCUGGGGGCUGGCAGUAUGUUGAUAUCAGCAGUGUGACUGUUCACACGUCAACUCAUAUUUCACACAUUAUCAAUGCAACAAAUGUCCUAUUUUGUAUUAAAUGCCAGAGUCUAUAAAUACAUAUGCUAAAGUGUUACAUUUGA